GGGUGAUGACGUGGGCGGUACAGAGGGAGCCCGGGGAUUCCCCGCGGUGUUGUCCCGGCCCGGCUCCAUGGCGGGCCGGAACGGCUGGCGCUGAUGGCGGCUCGCUGGGCAGCCCGCGGCUCCGGGCUGGGGCUGGAUGAGUUCACCGUUCCGGCGGAGAAGAGCCGGCUCCUGGAGGGGAGUCGAGGCCGCAUCGAGGGCUUGUUCGAGGUGCGGCUGGCGGUACUGGGGGCGCAGGGGGACUGGAGGGCCUCCCUCCCGCCGCCCGGCCCCCCGCCCGCCGCCGCCAGGAUCUGGGUGCAGCUGGAGGGCGGCGGGAAGGCCGUGCGCAGCGCCAAGGAGUAUAUCAAGGGACUCUGUGAACCCGAACUGGAAGAAAAGGAGCACUACCCAAAGGACAUCCACUGCAUCUUUGUUGGUGCGCAGAGCCUGUUUCUCAACAGCCUGAUCCAGGAUACCUGUGCUGAUAUAACAGUGCUGGAAAUAGGAUUGCUCAGCAUUAAAGGGGGCGCAGAAGCUGUUGUUAUGGCUCAAAGUCACGUUCAGCAGUUUGUGAAGCUUUUCGAAAGCAAUGAAAGCUUACUAAGCGACAAGGAAUCGGAGGUUAAAAAGCAGUUCAGACAAUUUGUGGAAGCACACGCAGAUAAAUAUACAAUGGAUUUACUGAUUUUGCCCAGCUCACUGAAGAGAGAACUCCUGAGUCUCACGCAGACGGAAUGUUGUGGAGCGGAGAGCAAUGUCAUCGAUCUCACGGGUCCUGAUAGCCCGACAGAGCUGGUACCAAACAAAGCGAUUGCUACAAACAGAGAUGGAAGAGCAGAUGGCGAGGAAGCCAGAAACAAUGCCGGGACACCCGUAACCGAGCUGACAAAGCAAAUGGACACCGUGCUUUCUGAUGCUCCUGAAACAAGUUUUGUUCCCGUAAAUGUCCCCCUGUUAGAGGCCGUGGUGUCUAAAGAAAGGCAGUCCUGUAAAAGAAGGUCUGAUGAUGAUGAGGAAAGGCUCCCUAAAAAGCAGUUCUCUUGGGGAAAUGAUCAGGAGGUGGAAUCUGCUUCGCACACUAAUCCCUCAGACAGCAAUGCAGUUAUUGAUCUGCUUUCGGACAGCUGCAGUGAAUCGGGUGAUCCCGGUUGUUGCCUUAAAGAAGGUGAUGAUAUCAGUGAGGAAAUGGAAUAUAAGAUUCUUGUGAACUUCUUCAGAACGAUGGGAUAUUCCCAAAAUAUUGUAGAAAAAGUUAUUGGUAGCCUGGGACAAUCUGUGGAACCAUUAACAUUGCUUGAAGAAAUUGAAAAGGAAAAUGUAAAAUUUCAAAAAGAACAUGAACAGUCGUCUGAAAAGCCUAGAACUAUCAAUCCUCCUUUAGGAAGUAAAGCAAAUAAUUCACAAAAGCUGGAAGACAAAGUAAUUUCUAGCAAUAAGAGUCCACUCAAAUCCAGCCAUACUUCAAAGGAGACAAAAAAUGAAUAUCACAAAUUAAGAGACUCACCAAACCUGCACGUUGAUGCAGAAGAUAAAAUGCAGAUGUUGGUGGGCAAACCUGCUUCUCCUUCCAGUAAAAAUUCACCUGUAUGCUGUAAACAGAGAGACAGAUACUGCCCUGCUAAGAAUCACAGUUCGAGGUCAAGUGAUCUAGAAACUGAUGGUGGGGUAACUAUUGGCACCGUACAAGCUGGAGCUCUCAAAGAUGUUGAUUUUGUAGCCAGAGGGAGCUCAGAUGUGCCGUGUAUCUCAGCUAAGACUAAAACUGCAGCUCAGCAAAGAUCUGCAGGGCCCUCCCCUGAACAGAACAGUCAUCCCGGCUUUGAGGAGCCGCUGGGCCACGGCAGCUCCUCUGCUCACGCCAGAGCUCUCACCCAGCGCCUUUCCCAACCCUGCAACGCCGAAAAUCCCCUCCCAGGGCACGUCUCGUCUUCACAAAUCCACCCCUCGCAUCCUGAGAGAGAGACGGCGGGAGCACCCAGACGUCCUCCCGACCCUUCCGUCACUGGAGUGCAGCGAUUCCUGGACUCUCUGAAAACGCCGUACAGGCUGGAGUUGAAAAAUGAACCUGGGAAACCCUAUUUAAAACACAUCAUUAUUGAUGGAAGCAAUGUUGCCAUUUCUCAUGGCCUAAGGAAAUUCUUCUCCUGUCGAGGAAUUGCGAUAGCUGUUGACUAUUUUUGGAAACGUGGCCACCGAAAUAUCACUGUGUUCGUUCCACAGUGGAGAACAAGACGUGAUCCUUUCAUUACAGAGCAGGAUUUCUUAACACAGCUCCAGGAUGUUGGAAUAUUGUCUUUAACCCCUGCCAGGAUGGUUUUAGGAGAAAGAAUUGCUGCUCAUGAUGACAGGUUUUUAUUACACCUUGCUGAUAAAACUGGAGGUGUUAUUGUGACUAAUGAUAACUUCAGAGAAUUUGUGACAGAAUCACUGGCCUGGAGAGAAAUUAUUCAAAAAAGUUAAAUCAGCUCAUUUGACUAUUAAGGUAUGAUCUUCUGUUGCCCACAUUUCCCACUAAUCCCUCAGAGUCGCCCUGACUUCUUCUCAGGGCACAUCUACCUCAUUCACUGGGGUCUGUGUAGGUAUAACGAAAUAAAUCAUUGAAAACUGCCCUGGUUUCUCACAAGAUAGCUGGGAGAACAUGGAAUUGAUGUUGGCUCAUCAUGUAGGUAUUUAUUUCUUGAGUGAAUUCUACUGGUCCGGUUCUGUUCUCCUACAGAACUUUAGCAAGAAUACUUAGCACGUCAUCCUGAGUCUGUGGUUUUUUAAGAGCUUGUGUUAACAUCUAUUAGUUUUACUUCUGGGGAAAUUCCACUAUACCAAAUUCUCUCCUUGCAGACAAAUUUUAGUUGAACUGGUUUCCUUCAAUGCAGAUUUCCCCCCUCCCAGAAUGAAAGAAAAACGUUUCUUUGUGUCUUAAGUGCAAACAGCUAAUGCGAUGUUUGUUUGCUGGUCGCCUGGCUUUCUGAUAACAUCUGCAUUUUAGCUAUGUAGUUGAAGAUCCUUACGAGGAAGGGGAGUUAGAACAACCUGAAAAUCUUCUCUAAUCACCUAGAAAAUUCCACUCUCAUUUGCAAAAAUUUGCAGACAUUCAACACUUGCUGUGUAAUGGGGAAAGUUCACAGAAGCUCCCAUGAGCUGGUUUGGACAGUGAGCAGUGGAUGACGAGCUCAGUGGCUCCUGCUGUGGUGUGGAGUGUCUGCUCUGGGCAGCCCGGCCCGGCCUGGCCGGAGUUGAGGGGCUGUCCGGUGUCCCACGUUGGGAACAGGUAGUACUGACAGAACUCUCUUGCAGGUUGCUCCAGUACACUUUUGCUGGUGAUAUAUUUAUG